UGGAUGGUUCCUAUCUACGUCAGACGCAUUGACGUGACGACAGUCGUCAGGAUCGCUCCGUGUGACAGAUGCCAGGUCAGGGAAACCCGCUUCAUUCAGCGCCGCGGAGCGAAGCGGGGCGGCGGGAAAUUUUCUCCGGCUCCGCUGAAGGAAAACAUGUCCGGCGACAAGGCGACGGGAUCCUGUAGCAGGUUCCAGCCGAACAUCUUCAAUAAGAGCAAAUGUCAGAACUGUUUCAAGUCCCGGGAACUUCACCCGCCGAACCGCAGCGACCUGGAGCAGGCAAAGCCCGUUUACGUCGGCUGGUUGUGUUUGGCUCCUGAGGGAACGGACUUUGAUAAUCCCGCCCAGAGGUCCAGGAAAUGGCAGCGGCGUUUCUUUAUCCUGUACGAACACGGCAGCCUGACGUACGCGCUGGACGAGCUGCCCAGCACUCUGCCACAGGGAACCGUCAACAUGAACCUGUGUACCGCCGUUACGGACGCCGAGCCCCGGACCGGCCAGAGGAACGCGCUCUGCAUCGCCACUGCGACGCAGGAAGUCUUCAUCCGCGGCGACAGCAGAGAGAUCAUCAGCGGGUGGGGCGAGCAGCUCACCGCGUACCUGUCUGCUAACGAACAGCAGAAGAAGAAACACAGCGUUGACUCUGUGGCCAAUCAGGACCCCAGCCCAGCAAACAUGGCCGCCGCCGGUCGGACCAGCCCUGCGGGCCCAGACGGGCCUCCUGUCCGGGCCGCAGCCAGAACCGACCCGCCUGCAGGUGGAGUGUAUGAACCAGAGGAACUGAAUCUGGAGCCGGGCCCCGCCUCCUCGCUGACCCCUGUGACCCCUGUGACCUCAGGCGGCGCCGGACGCCUGGCCGGCUCGGUCAGCUCCCCGGAGUUAUCAGCCGCCGGCCAUUACGACCAGAACCAGAACCAGAACCAGAGCAGAAGCCUGGAUCGCUCAGCAGAGCAGCAGCUGGGGCCAGAACCCGGGACCGCCGGGACCAACCGCACCGCCGGGUCCAACCGGACCGCCGGGUCCAACCGGACCGCCAGGCGAGAGAAGCUGCGGUCGACAGGAGACGGGAGGCUGCUCAGCGUUCCCGCGCCUCAGAGGAGAACCCGCUCUCUGGACCGCCGGACGGCGGACGGCGCCGUGGCGACCAUGACGCCAGAUCUGCUGAACUUUAAGAAAGGCUGGAUGAUGAAGCUGGAUGAAGACGACGAGUGGAAGAAAUAUUGGUUUGUCCUGUCGACGGCCAGUCUGCGAUACUACAGGGACUCAUCCGCUGAGGAGGCUUCAGACCUGGAAGGAGAAAUCGACCUGUCGAAAUGCUACAGCGUGUCUGAAUAUCAGGUCCAGAGAAACUACGGCUUCCAGAUCCACACCCAGAAGGCCGUCUACACGCUGUCCGCCAUGACGGCAGGAAUACGCAGGAACUGGAUCCAAGCGCUGAUGAAGAACGUCAAUCCGGCCGACGCGCCCGAUGUGGCCAGCUCACCUGGCCGCCGCCUCACCUGCAGCCCAGCUGAGGUCGGGCCGGACGUCACGCAGGACUCCGCCUCUGGCCACGCCCCCAGACCCACAGGCCCCGCCUCCAGCAGCGAGUCGGACCAGUCCGGAGUCGCCGCCGAAUCCCGGCUGGACCGAGCUGCGUCCGUCCUGGAGCUGGGCGUCCUGGAGAGGCGGAGGCGGCGGGAGGAGAGGAGGCGGCGCUACGAGAGCCUGCUGGGCUUUUCUCUGGGACGCGGCGGACCGCAGGGCGGCGGACCGCAGGGCGGCGGACCGCAGGGCGGCGAGCGACCUCUGAGCCCCCUGUCCCAGCUGAAGAUGGAGGAGCAGAUCACAGAGUGCUGGAGGCGGGUGGAGAGGACGGUGCUGAGACCAGAGAGGACGGUGGCGCUGCCCAAAGAGUCCAGAGACCAUCUGGAGACGGAAAUGCUGCUGCAGGGAUGCAGGACGCUGGUCGAUGACCUGAAGGCCCAGCUGGCGGAUUCGGAGCGUCGCAGACUCCAGCUGGAAGAUCGCCUCCCAUCCUGUCCGGAGCAGCUGGACCUUCUGGUUCCGUCCGACCCGGUUUUCACCCCUGCAGAUGGGAGCUUGACUCCACUGAAUGACUCUGUGCAGCUGUGCAGAGACCUGCUGCAGCAGCGCAGCGACUCCUCGUACGCUGCAUGUCUGUCCGGCGUCUGGAUGUGCCUCCCAGACGGAGAUUCAGCAGAAACAGGCGGUUUGAUUUUAGCUCCACCUGCAGCAGGCAGCCAGCAGGGGGCGCUGCAGGCCGACAGGACAGUUCCAGGAUCCAGCUGCGGCUUCCACCGGCAGAACCAGCAGGAGCCGGACGGAACAGACCCGGACAGCCACGCUGCAGUGAAGAGUCUGUCCCAAGAGCUGGCUCUGCUCAGCAGCCAGAACCGAGCUUUGGACCAGCGCAACCAGGAGAUGCUGAACCAGCUGACCGAGGCGGACCGGGAGAUCGACCGGCUGAAGGCCGAGCUGGGCCGCCGGAACCAGGAGCUGCUGGCGGCCUCUCUGGAGGAGAAGCUGAGGCCGACGGAGGUUCUGCCCAAACACUCAACAGAACCAAAUGGACCAGAACUGCAGCUGGAGCAGAGCUGCAGGAAACCAGAGCAGGAAAACAUAGAGCUGAAGGAAGCAACAGCUGAAGAUGUCACCGUGGAGAAACCGGACCAGAACCAGGCCGUUUCUGCCAAAGAAAACGUCCAGGAAGAGACAGCAGGAGCGGUGAUGAGGCUGCAGGCGCUGGCGCAGCUGCUGCAGCUCAUCGACGGUUUGGACCUCAGAGAGGAAGAAGAGGAAACAUUCUGGAAAUCCGUCCUGAACAAGAUGAAGAGCGACCCGGCCCGGCUGCAGCAGCCAAUAGGAGAGCAGCUGUGUGCGGGGGUGCUGCACCCUGAGGAAGAGGAGGAAGAGGAUGAAGAGGAGAGCUUGGUGUGGGGAAGAGCUUCAGAGAACCACAGAUUUACUGAUGAGUUGAGGAAGCUGAGAGGCGUCACUCUGAGCAGAAUAUCGUGUCUGAAAUGCCUCGCUGCCUCCGGCCGCAGCGCCGCAUGCGACCGCCUGCAGUCCGCUUCCCACCUCGCAUCGUCUACAGCAGCGGACGCAUUCUGCUGCGUUCGGCUCAGCAGGCUGCGGUCCAGAUACCAGAGGAGAGUCUGUUCCAGCUGCAGCGCCAAAUCAGAGGAGAACCAGGAGCUGAACACCGGACCGGUGAAUGCAUUUGCCACAGAGGAUGCCCAGGUGAGCACCAGCUGCCAAACUGAUGGAGGUCAGAGGUCAACAGCAGCGGGGUCAGAGGAAAUGCUGCACAUGGAGGAGAAUAAAACUCCUCUGACGAGGCUGCAGGAGACGCAGCAAAGCUCUGACCUUCGAGCCGAAGGGGAGCUGCAGGAGGAGCUGCAGGAGGAGCUGAGGCGAGUGCAGGAGCAGCACCGGCAGGAGGUCGCUCAGCUGAAGGCCACCUGUGAGCGUGGCCUCAUCACCAUGGAGACCUGUCAUCUGAGGGUGGUAGAGGAUCUGCAGCGCCUGCACCAGCAGGAGGUGGAGCGCCUCCUGCUGGAGAGAGACAGACUGUUGGAGGAGGAGAGCGCUGCCACUGCAACCGCGAUCGAAGCCAUCGAGAACGCCCACCGCGCCGAGCUGCAGAGGGAGAUCCAGAGGAGGAGCCAAUCAGAGAACUGCAGCAGAAACUCGCAGCUGGAGCAGAUCCACAGGGAGGAGCUGGCCUCCUUCCAGCGGGAGCUGGACGUUUUGUCCCAGCAGUUCUCCCUGAAGUGUCUGGAGAUGGGACAGCUGGUCCAGGCCCUGGAGGCCGAGAGGAAGGCCUUGGGUCAGUGUCAGCAGGAGAACCGGGCCCUGCGGAGCCGCAACCAGGAGCUGAGCCGCCGCCUGGCGGCAGAAAUCACCAGGCUGCGCUCUGAGGCCGAGGCGGAGCCGCUGCCGCUCGGCCAGACCAGGGACCGCUAUGAGGUGGAGGAUCAGCUGGAUCUUCUUCCUGUCCAGAUCGCGCUGCGAGUUCAGGAGGCCGAGGUCCAGAGUCUGAAACAGGAAGUGGCGUCUCUGAGGGACGAGCUGCAGGCGGCGGCGAAGGACAAGAGAAACGCAGCAAAGAAGAACCAGGAUGUUCACACGGAGCUGAGCUUCAGCAGAGCCAGAGCCGAGCGAGAGGCGGAGGAGCUGAGGGAGAACCUGAGGCUGGCGCACCGGGCGCUGGGGGAGGCCUCGCUCUGACCCCCAGGAUGACCCCCGGACGACCCCCCCCACCCCAGGACGACCCCCCCCUAGCUGUAUUAACUCUAGCUGUGUCAUAUUUUAUAUGAGCAAUACAUUUCUUUACAGUAUUUUUAAAAUUCAACUCAUUUUCUUUAAUUUAUUUUUAUAUUUUAAAACAUUGUUUUUACUGAAUACACCUUGCUCAAUAAACACUCGGUAAACUUU